AUAUAUAUAAUUUAUGGACUAUAUAAAACUCUGUGGGGGAGAGAGUCUAUACAGAGAAAAAAGAUAAAAAAAUUUGUGCUUCAUUUCUACAGAGAAAGAAGGAGAAAGAAAGGGUCUGAUCUCUCAGUUGCUUUCUUUCGGAGGCAGAUCUAGAGCUACAGUCGGUGGUAUUUGUGCAAUUGGUUUACAAAACGGCGCGUUUAAGAUGUCUUCUCUCAGUCGAGAGCUUGUUUUCCUGAUCUUGCAGUUCCUUGAUGAGGAAAAGUUCAAAGAGACUGUUCAUAAGCUUGAGCAGGAAUCUGGAUUUUUCUUUAACAUGAAGUAUUUUGAGGAUGAGGUGCAUAAUGGAAAUUGGGACGAGGUGGAGAAAUACCUAUCUGGUUUCACUAAAGUGGAUGAUAAUCGAUAUUCAAUGAAAAUAUUUUUCGAGAUAAGGAAGCAAAAGUAUCUCGAAGCUUUGGAUAAGCAUGAUCGGUCCAUGGCAGUUGAAAUAUUGGUGAAGGAUUUGAAAGUGUUUUCCACAUUCAACGAGGAGCUUUUCAAGGAAAUCACUCAACUACUGACAUUGGAGAAUUUUAGGGAGAAUGAGCAACUCUCCAAAUAUGGAGAUACCAAGUCGGCGAGAGCAAUCAUGUUGGUGGAACUGAAGAAGCUUAUCGAAGCAAAUCCCUUGUUUCGUGACAAAUUGCAGUUUCCUAACCUUAAGAAUUCAAGGCUACGAACUCUCAUUAACCAAAGCUUGAAUUGGCAGCACCAACUUUGUAAAAACCCAAGGUCAAACCCAGAUAUAAAGACUCUUUUUGUUGAUCAUUCAUGUGGACAACCAAAUGGUGCUCGGGCUCCAUCACCUGCAAACAAUCCAUUGCUUGGCUCCUUACCAAAAGCUGGAGGGUUUCCUCCAUUGGGUGCACAUGGGCCAUUUCAACCUGCACCAGCACCAGUCCCAGCACCUCUUGCAGGUUGGAUGUCCACUCCUUCCACAGUAACUCAUUCUGCAGUCUCUGGAGGAGGAGCCAUUGGUCUUGGUGCUCCAUCAAUCCCAGCUGCUCUGAAGCAUCCACGAACUCCUCCAACUAACCUUUCCGUAGAUUACCCUUCAGGAGAUUCUGACCAUGUUGCUAAAAGAGUAAGGCCCAUGGGGAUUUCUGAUGAGGUAAAUUUGCCGGUUAAUGUGUUGCCAGUAUCAUUUCCAGGGCAUGGUCAUGGUCAUGGCCAUGGUCAGGCUUUUAAUGCACCGGAUGACUUGCCAAAGGUCGUUGCACGGACUCUGAAUCAGGGAUCAUCUCCUAUGAGCAUGGAUUUCCAUCCUCUUCAACUGACUCUUCUUCUAGUUGGCACCAAUGUUGGGGACAUUGGGCUGUGGGAAGUUGGUUCUAGGGAGCGACUGGUUUUAAGAAUCUUCAAAGUUUGGGAUCUGAAUGCUUGUUCGAUGCCUCUUCAGGCAGCUUUAGCCAAAGAUCCUGGUGUCUCGGUUAACCGUGUAAUUUGGAGUCCGGAUGGUUCCUUAUUUGGUAAGCUAAAAUCUAUUACACUGCAUGGCUGGAUUAGGAAUGUACGUAAGAUUUUGGGGGUAAAAAGGCACUUACUGAUUUCUCAUCUCUGUUCAACAACAGGAGUUGCAUACUCAAGGCAUAUUGUACAAAUAUAUUCUUAUCAUGGGAAUGAUGAAGUGCGUCAGCAUCUGGAGAUUGAUGCUCAUGUUGGUGGAGUUAAUGAUCUUGCAUUCUCCACUCCGAAUAAGCAACUCUGUGUAAUAACCUGUGGUGAUGACAAAACCAUUAAGGUGUGGGAUGCUUCCACUGGUGCAAAACUGUAUACUUUUGAAGGUCAUGAGGCUCCUGUUUAUUCCAUUUGCCCGCAUUAUAAGGAAAACAUUCAGUUUAUAUUUUCAACAGCACUGGAUGGAAAGAUAAAAGCAUGGUUAUAUGACAAUUUGGGAUCUCGAGUUGAUUAUGAGGCUCCUGGUCGCUGGUGCACAACCAUGGCUUACAGUGCUGAUGGUACAAGGCUAUUUUCUUGCGGUACAAGUAAAGAUGGGGAUUCAUUUAUUGUUGAAUGGAAUGAAAGUGAAGGUGCUGUGAAAAGAACCUAUCUUGGAUUUAGAAAACAAUCUUGGGGUGUCGUGCAAUUUGAUACCACAAAGAAUCGUUUUUUGGCUGCUGGUGAUGAUUUCUCCAUCAAGUUCUGGGAUAUGGACAGUGUUCAACUUCUGACAACAAUUGAUGCUGAUGGAGGUCUCCCAGCGAGCCCACGUAUCCGCUUCAACAAGGAUGGCACUCUUUUGGCUGUUUCUGCGAAUGAUAAUGGGAUUAAAAUAUUGGCAAAUACAGAUGGCAUUAGGUUGUUGCGUACAUUUGAAAAUCUUUCUUUCGAUGCCUCACGAACAUCUGAAUCCAUUGCGAAGCCUACUGUUAACCCAAUCUCAGCUGCAGCGGUGGCGGCAGCAGCAGCUGCUGCAACCAGCACUGGUCUUGCAGACAGGAGUGCCUCUGUGGUUGCCAUUGCUGGAAUGAAUGGAGAUGCCAGGAACUUGGGAGAUGUGAAACCUCGAUUAACUGAAGAAUCCAAUGAUAAAUCAAAGAUAUGGAAGCUCACUGAAAUCAAUGAACCAUCUCAAUGCCGGUCCUUGAGGCUCCCUGAAAACUUGAGAGUAACCAAGAUAUCAAGGUUAAUCUAUACAAACUCUGGCAAUGCCAUUUUGGCAUUAGCUUCAAAUGCAAUACACCUAUUAUGGAAAUGGCAACGCAGUGAUCGGAAUGCUAGUGGCAAGGCAACUGCAGGUGUGUCACCUCAAUUAUGGCAACCAUCAAGUGGGAUUCUGAUGACCAAUGACAGCACUGACACUAACCCUGAAGAGGCUGUGCCCUGUUUUGCUUUGUCCAAAAAUGAUUCUUAUGUUAUGUCAGCAUCCGGAGGAAAGAUUUCCCUUUUCAAUAUGAUGACAUUUAAGACGAUGACAACUUUCAUGCCACCACCUCCUGCAGCAACCUUUCUUGCUUUUCAUCCUCAAGAUAACAACAUAAUUGCUAUUGGCAUGGAUGAUUCCACAAUUCAAAUAUAUAAUGUCCGCGUAGACGAGGUCAAGAGCAAGCUCAAAGGCCACUCUAAAAGAAUAACUGGCCUUGCCUUUUCCCAUGUGUUGAACAUGCUAGUCUCAUCAGGAGCAGAUGCUCAGCUUUGUGUAUGGAACUCUGAUGGAUGGGAAAAGCAGAAAGCAAGAUUCUUGCAGGUCCCAGCUGGAAGGACACCAACAGCACAAUCAGACACUCGUGUACAAUUUCAUCAGGACCAGAUACAUUUCCUGGUUGUGCAUGAGACUCAGCUUGCCAUAUAUGAAACCACAAAGCUAGAAUGUGUAAAGCAGUGGGUUCUACGUGAAUCUUCUGCGCCAAUCUCACAUGCAGUGUUCUCCUGUGAUAGUCAUCUGGUAUAUGCUAGUUUCUUAGAUGCAACUGUCUGUGUAUUUAGUGCUAUGAAUCUCAGAUUACGUUGUCGUAUCAAUCCUUGUACGUAUCUUUCCCCUAAUGUCAGUUCAAAUGUCCACCCACUAGUGAUCGCUGCACACCCACAAGAACCAAAUCAGUUUGCAUUGGGACUAUCAGAUGGUGGGGUUCAUGUCUUUGAGCCUCUUGAAUCUGAAGGAAAAUGGGGUGUGCCUCCACCUGCUGAGAAUGGGUCAGCAAGUAGUGUGCCAGCUACUCCUUCAGUUGGACCAUCAGGUUCAGAUCAAGCUCAGAGAUGAUCAAUGACUGCCAGAGCACAAGUUCUUUUACAUGCUUGGCUUGCUGGCCCAUUCCUAAAUUAGUAUGAGGUUCAAUGAUACGUAACCUACUCAAGGAACGAGUUGCAAAAGAUGUAGAUAUAGCAUGUUCUGUCUGAUACUUCGUGAGGUAAAUGCUGUAGUGGUAGUAGUAUUUAUAGUGAUGCCUUUUGACCUUAAGCUAGAAAUUUAUUCAAGGAAGGGUUUUUUUUUUCUUUUUAUAACUCUUGAAUAGUCUAAUAUUUGUAUUAUUUUUUCUUCAAACAUUGAAAUUUCUUCAUUGUUUUGUUUGUCAUGGAGAAUCUUUUCCUCAACCCAGUCUUUCGACUGUUGAUAAGAAUCUAUGGAGUGGAUUCCCAACCA